UUCGGAGAGUUUCACCUCCCUUUCUAUUGCUGUAUCCUCGAGGUGAGUGCUUCCGUAGGAGAGUAAUAUAUAGCAAAAUGUAAAAUUUAAUCAUAUUUGAUCGAUAUCGCGGAAUAUCAUUUCGAACUUGAAAUUAUUUUUCUUGAGUCACCGUCAUGUCAAAAAUCCGGGUCGCAGUCAUUGGCGUUGGCUUGGUCGGCUCUGAGUUCAUCAAGCAGCUUCUGUCUGUGCGGGGAUCGCAGUUCCAACUGAUCGCGUUGACGUCCUCGACCCGGACUCUGUUCUCGCCAGACACGCCCAUAACGUCGUCUUGGAAGACUCAGCUCUCCAAUUCCACAGAAAAUGCCGACGUCAAGUCCCUCACAGAGCGCCUCAAGGCCCUAGUGACACUUACGGACAAGGUCGUCGUCGUUGAUAAUACCUCAUCGGACGACAUCGCGGCGCUUUACCCGCUCUGGCUCUCUUCGGGACUCCAUGUUAUCACCCCCAACAAAAAGCCUUUUUCAGGCUCGUACACCUUGUAUGAGGCCAUCUUGAACGCCAGCAAGUCCACCGGCGCCCGAUAUCUGAACGAGUCGACGGUUGGCGCGGGUCUGCCUAUUAUCUCGACGCUGAAAGAUCUUGUCAUGACCGGAGACAAGGUCCUCAAGAUUGAAGGCGUGUUUUCGGGCACGAUGAGCUACAUCUUCAAUCAGUACUCCACUGGAAGCCCCGACGGGCCGUCGUUUUCUUCUGUGGUGAGCGAGGCGAGGCAGAAGGGGUACACGGAGCCCCACCCGGCGGACGACCUCAACGGCUUCGACGUUGCACGAAAGCUGACGAUCCUAUCGCGUACCAUCGCACCCUCUCCUUCCAUUUACUCCUUCGCUUCGGUGGAGACGGCCUCUCUCAUCCCUCCGGCCCUCGAAGGCAUCCCCACAGGCGACGAGUUCUUCGCGCGCCUUCCAGAGUUCGAUGCUCAGUUUGACGCCAUGAGGAAGGAGGCUGCCAAGGAGGGCAAGGUUCUUCGGUUCGUCGGUGUUGUGGACCCCACCAAGGGCGAGGUCAAGGCGGGUCUGGAGAAGUAUCCAACGACGCAUCCGUUUGCGACGAGUUUGGGAGGGUCGGAUAACAUUAUCAUGUUCCACACGGAGAGAUAUAGUCCCCGGCCGUUGAUAGUGCAGGGCGCAGGUGCAGGUGCUGCCGUCACGGCUAUGGGAGUGCUAUCCGAUUUGUUCAAAUUGUUAUAAGAAAUACGUUGGCAUCAGAAAUGUAAUACUUGCAACGUCACCCGUGGAUACAAUCGGCUCUGUUGAUUUGUUCUCGACUACAAGAAGCUCUCGGAGUAGUCUAUCUUCUCGAAUCGCCUCUAGAUCUCCUGGCAGCCCUACAGACAAUGUAUGUGGCUCAUAGCGUAACUCCUCCUGUGUCGCAAUGCCCGACUUGGUUGAACAAAAGCUUCACUUCGGCGUUGUUUUACUAUAUUAGGAUGUGGAUCUUUGUUCUGUCGCUGGCACAAA